AAGACGCCUCUUUCGCACUUCCCAUCGUCCCCACUACACACUCCACACGCCAGGGACACGUCCCUAGUCCGCUAGGCCUUUCCAUGCUACAACAUCACUGUUGUAAUGAUUAUUGUUAUUCAUUGGGGACAACAUGGCGGCGGUGGCAUUAGCAAGGGGAGGCGGAGGAGCAGGAGCAGGAGCAGUGGUGUUGUCUCCUGUUCCUGGUGGGCAUAGGAGAGCCAACAGCCGGCGCAGGACAAUCCGCUGCUUCACUCUCCUUGACGAACAAGACUCGGGUUUGGGAGUGGCACAAUUUAAGAUGUCUGAUUUCGAGCUAUGCAGUCAGGUCAGCAUAGGCCUUGCUGGCAGGAGAGAUGAAGUGGUGUUUGAAGCUAUUGUAAGGAAUUCUGAAAGCCCUCUGCAAAAUUCAAGAGUGGUCUUGAGGCAGCUUGCAGGUAGUCAUGCACAACGCAGGGGACGGCGUGCUUUACAAGUUCUGAGAAAGCUUGCCCGGCGGCAAUAUAUGUACGAGUCUUAUGCCACUCGAAUUCAUGGAUACAUACCCCCGCACGAGAGUGGACGUGAAUGCACAUUCACUUUGGUCCAUGGAUAUUAUGGCAGCUACUCCCUUGAGCAGUGGCUGCUUCAGGCAGAUUGGCUCCCUGCCUUAGAAGGGAAGCUUGCUUUAGAUGAAGAGUGCGUCAAGAGAGUGGGAGACGACACUACUGGAGGACCCACAGUGUCGCGCCAAUUGCGCCUCAUCCGAAUGUUAAUGAGAGACCUUCUCAUUGGGGUGAACUAUUUGCACAGCCACGGACUUGCCCACACAGAGUUACGAUUGGAGAAUGUUCACAUAAGUUGUGUCGAUAGACAUAUUAAGGUAGGGAUACUAGGAAAUGCUGCUGAUUUCUAUGAUAAGAGUUCAAACUACAGGUCACUUGAUGGCAAUAUUGAGAGACGAAAACUCAUGAUUGCUUUUGAUAUUAGGUGUGUGGGAUUUAUGAUGGCUAAAAUGGUGUUGCGAGAGCUCAUGGAUCCUUCCAUAUUCAUGAAAUUCAAAUCCUUCUUAACAGUGGAAAAUAAUUCUUCAAGCUUGCGUGAAUUUCUGUUGCCUAUUAUUUACAAAAAGACACCUGCAGGAAGUAUUGGUUUACAAAUACUGGAUAGGGACUGGGGUGCAGGUUGGAAUCUUUUGGCAUUGAUGCUUGCGACAAAGCCUUCGGAUCGUAUAAGUUGCUUGAAUGCUUUACGGCAUCCUUUUUUGUGUGGACCAAGAUGGCGAGUUGAACCUUCUGUUUGUAUCAUCCGGUGGGGCUUAGGUUCAACAGCUGUGCGCAUUACAGAGGAGUACAUAUAUGGUCUUCACCAGCGCAACAGAUUGGCACACUUCAUUGACCUAAUGGAAAGAUUGAAUCCUAAUGCAGAUCCAAAGAACUGGCAUGCCUUGCUGACUGGAAAAUGGCGUUUAUUGUAUCAUACAGGGAGGCAAAUAGGCCUAACACUUCGGCAGGCUUUUCCAAGAGUUCUCAUAAGGAAUGUGUAUCUUAAUGUUUUUUCAACUGAAGAUGGCAAUAACAGAUUUUCUAUGGAAUCAAAUAUUAAUUUUACCUCCAUGGUUUAUGCACAUUGGCCCCAUGAUAAAAGUGGCAAAGAAGGAAAUCUGCAUAUAUGUUCAAAUAUUGAAUUGGGAAGAGUGGACAGGAUCUAUCAAACAAAAACUGUUCAGGAGAAGAAAAUAGAAGAGAAUGAGAGAUUGUUAAAAACAUCUCAAGGACAGAUGAGAAAAAAAACUUCUCGGAGAGGGAGAUGGAGGAAGGUAAGCAAAAUAUUAUCAAAAGAAACACCUUCAAGGCUUCCAGUGAUAAGUUUGGCUGCAUCUGAUAUAGAGGUAGCCAUGAAUCUCGAUUACACUGCCAAAGAUACUUCCUUGCCAUCAAAUAUUUUGCAUGAAGUUCGCUUACAGAUUCCUCAGGAAAUGUUUGACAUAUCAAAAUUGGUUUGUGGGACAUAUAUUGAUUCACGGCUGCUAAUUUUACGAGGAAUAACUGGUUCCGCUCUGCUUUUUACUCGCACUUUUGAGAGCUGAUGGUGCAACUUUGUAAUCAUAUAAUGUGUUUAGUUCUUAGGACUAAAGCUCCAGAGCAUGUCCCAUUUCCCAAUCUUUCUGGGACAAGCAUUUUUUUAAUUCAGGUUGGAAUGCAUGUUACUUGCUACUCCUGUUAUUCUUCAAAGGAAGAUUCCUGUAUAGAAAUUCAUUGUUUUACACUACUCCUGAAAUUAUAAUCUAUAUUGUUAUGGCA